CCGCCAUGCAUCAUUCAACUUCCUUGCAUCAGACAGAGGUUUUUCCACACGUGUGACGAACAUUUCUCAAAGAUUCCGUCCCUUUUUUGAAGACUUUGAAAGAUCCAGUAGACUGGGACAUCAUCACAAUGGCGCCGUCUUGCCGCUUCUAUGCCAAGCGGUAUCCUCAGGUUGAUGAGGUCAUCAUGGUGAAUGUUCGGUCCAUCGCAGAGAUGGGAGCAUAUGUCAGCCUGCUGGAGUAUAACAAUAUUGAAGGUAUGAUCCUGCUGAGUGAAUUGUCCCGGCGACGUAUCCGUUCUAUUAACAAGUUGAUCCGAGUUGGUCGCAACGAGUGCGUGGUAGUCAUCAGAGUGGAUGAGGAAAAGGGUUAUAUUGACUUGUCUAAGAGAAGAGUUUCGCAAGAGGAGAUGGCUCAGUGUGAAGAAAAGUUUGCCAAGGCUAAGGCUGUGAACAGUAUCCUGCGGCAUGUUGCCCACCUGCUGGAGUACCAGCACGACGAGCAGCUGGAGGAUCUGUACAUCCGCACCGCCUGGGCCUUUGACGAUGAGAAACCCAGCAGCGCUUAUGAGAUGUUCAAGAAGGCUGUGUCUGAGCCCCAGGUCCUGGACAAGCUGACUCUGACUGACCAGGAGAAGGAGGUGCUCCUGGCCAACAUCAGGAGACGGCUGACUCCGCAGGCUGUCAAGAUCAGAUCUGAUAUCGAGGUGGCAUGUUACGGCUAUGAGGGUAUAGAUGCUGUGAAGGGAGCGUUGAGAAAAGGUCUGGCUCUCACCACAGAAGACAUGCCUAUUAAGAUCAACCUGAUUGCCCCACCGUUGUACGUAAUGACGACUCAGACAUUAGAGAGGACAGAGGGUGUGCUUCUCCUGCAGAAGGCCAUCAAUGCCAUCAAGGAGGACAUCGAAGAAGGUGGUGGAGUCUUCAACGUUCAGAUGGCACCCAAGGUGGUGACAGACACAGAAGAAAUGGAACUGGCCAAACAGCUGGAGAAGUUGGAGGCUGCCAACAGGGAGGUCGACGGGGAUGACGACUACGAUGAGGAAGAAACUAAAUAAGAUUCUGUCUGCCUUUCAAAUACGUAAAAAAAUUGUCAUUCUUUUUGUUUUUGUUCACAGAAGAACAGAAAUUCCUCAAAGCUAGUCCAUUUGGUAUUGGAAUGUGUACCUGCUCAUUUGAGAAUCAAUUCAAGAUUUAGAGGGAUUUUGUUUUAUAAAAAUGGCCCUCCCCUGUUCUGGAUUUAGCCAGGUGAUCAUGUUAAGAAUUUAAACAAUUUUUAAAGUCCCCUUGUCACUCCUACUUGUAUGACUGACAGACUAUAUUUGAAAAGUGAUGAGACCAGACUUUAUAGGGUCAUGUCUUACUUCAAGGAAGGUUUCUCAAAUCUCUGACAUAUCCAUAUUAUUAUUUUAUCAACCUAACAUUAUUCUAAAGUACAUUAAACAUUAAUGUUGUAAUGUUGAUAGCAUAUGUACAUACAUGUACUGGCUUAGGAUUAAAGUAGAGCAUUGUGUUGUACAUGUAGAUCAAUAUCACAUGUACUACAAUACUAGACAAUACUUUCUCCAACUUAAGACUACCAAAAUAACAUGGUCAGGAGAAUCAUCAAUUGCUGCAGUCUGUAUUACAAUAUUCACUGAACAACAUUGAAGGAGUAUGUUUAAAGUUAAAACUUUUG